AUGCAAGAUCGAAUGCAUGAACGUGCUGUUGGAGCACUCUUAGGUCAAGCAAUAGGAGAUGCAUUAGGAUGUCGUUAUCAGUAUCGUAGUAGUGAAGAUAUUAAAGAUCAAAUUGAGGCAGAUAAAGAUGUUAAUGGUUUUUUACCAAUAAGAGGAUCUGCUGUCUUCAAUUUUCCACCGGGGAUGGUUAAUGAUAGAACAGAAUAUUGUAUGUUAGUAGCAAGAAUAUUAUCAAAAAGAACGUUAUUUAAGAUACAAGAUUUACUUGAAAUUCUUGGAUCACUUGAUUUUAAUGAAAAUAGAAAUCCAUUAAUUGAUAAACUUUUAAAAAAUGAAGAAGAAUUGGAGACAUUUCUCAAUGCUAAUGCUAAUCAUAUAAAUAAACGAUCAUUAUCAAAUAUGUGUUUAAAUAUUGCUGUACCAACAGCUAUAGUUACAGCAAGACAACCAUCAACAUUAGUUAGCGGUUUAGUUAAUAGAUUAACAAGAAUUACCCAACCACAUCCUACAGCUAUUGAUGGAGUUCGUGUGUUGACAUCAACUAUUAGAUCACUUCUUAUGUAUGGUGAUAGGAAUAGGGCUUUAGAAACAGCAAGAAUGUCAGCUAAAUCACGUGCAAUUCUUGAACAUUUAUCUAAUUCAUCUAAAUGUGCCCAUCCACAGGAAGGUGAUGAAGUAUUAAGAGAAAUACGUGGUGAAAAAGAAUUACCAGUUGAUUAUCUAGGAAUUGCUUUACAAAUAGCAUUUUAUAAUCUAAGGUAUGCACAAAGUUUUGAAGAAGGUAUCAUUAAUGCUAUAAUGAUGGGUGGUGAUACAGCAGCAAAUGCCAGCAUAACAGGAGCAAUACUUGGUGCUAAAUUUGGUAUUUCUUCUAUACCAAAAUCAUGGAAAGAAACGGUAACAGAAGUUAAACUUGAAAGGCAUUCCAAAUUUCCAGAUGUUUAUCUUGGAGAUGCUGAAUGCUUAGUUGAAAGGCUUAUUACAAAAGUUCAUUAA